AUGAAAGGAAAGGUAAUAAUUUCUGCCACCUGUCUCAUCCUCGUGGUGGGUGUGGUCAUCGGAGCGGUGCUUAUUGCAAACAAGAAGGAUGACUCCGGUGCUGACAACAUUGAACUUCAUGAUAAGGCCAUUGCCACAAUGUGCCAAAACGUUCUCAACCAAACUCUUUGCCAUGACAUCUUGGGCCCAGUGAAGGGAACCACAGACCCCAAUGAAUUCAUUGCGGCCGCAGUGAAAGCCGCCACGGAAAGCGUCAUCAAGGCCUUGAACAUGAGUGACAGGCUAACAGUUGAAAAAGGAAACGGCAGCCCAGGAAUAAAGAUGGCACUGGAGGAUUGCAAAGACCUCUUGCAAUCAGCCAUGGACAGCCUCCAACUUUCAACAUCGUUGGUGGACAGCAAGAAUAUCCAGAAAAUUCAUGACCAGUCCGCCGACUUCAAGAAUUGGCUAGGCGCUGUCAUCUCCUACCAACAAACUUGCCUCGACAACUUCAACGAAACCGACAGCGGCGAGAAAGUCAUCAAGGAACAGCUUAACGCAGAGACCCUAGACCAAGUUAUGACCACAACAGGACUCACUCUUGAUAUCCUCGCCGACUUGGACAGGAUCCUCGACCAAUUCAACUUGAAGAUCGACGUCCACCCUGGCUCUCGCCGCCUUCUAGCCGCGGAUGUCGAUGACCAAGGGCUCCCGACCUGGCUCUCUGCCUCAGACCGGGACCUCUUGGCCGAAGUCGAUGUCCACUUGGCUAAGAGACACCUCCUAGCGAAGGUAAAGGGCAAGGCUAAGGGUAAGGGUAAGGGCAAGGGCAAGGGAAAAGGUAAAGCUAUUGUUGCUGGUGCUGUUGCGGGUGCUGCAGUUGGUGCUGCUGCCGGUGGUGAUCAGGUUAAAUUCUCUCCUGGAUCCAUUGAACCGGUGACUCGAGGACCAGCCCAUGUGGUGGUUGCUCAGGAUGGAAGUGGCCGAUUCAGGACUAUCAAGGAAGCUAUUGAUUCUUACCCACCUGGCUUCAAGGGUAGAUACGUCAUUUACGUUAAGGCUGGUGUCUAUAAUGAGUACAUUAUUAUUCCUAAGCAUGCUGUGAACAUUCUUAUGUACGGUGAUGGCCCUACAAGGACUAUUGUCACUGGUCGUAAGAACUUUGUUGAAGGCGUGAAAACAAUGCAUACCGCCACUUUUGCCAAUACUGCUGAUGGAUUCAUUGCUAAGGCAAUGAGAUUCGAAAACACCGCUGGUCCGAAAGGACACCAAGCUGUGGCACUUCGAAACCAGGGAGACAAAUCAGCUUUCUUCCAAUGCCAUAUCUUUGGUAAUCAAGACACCUUGUACGUCCAAACCAACCGUCAAUUCUACCGGGACUGCGAAAUCUCCGGCACCAUUGACUUCAUCUUUGGCACAUCUCCAGCCUUGAUCCAAAACAGCAAGAUCAUCCUGAGGAAGCCUGAUGAUAAACAAUUCAACACUGUAACUGCCGACGGCACAACGCAACCCAACAUGCCCACCGGAAUCGUCCUCCAGAACUGUGAGAUUGUCCCAGAGCCUGCUCUGUUCCCUGCGAGGUUCACCACCAAGUCAUACUUGGGUAGGCCAUGGAAGCCUUACUCAAAGACACUGAUUAUGGAAUCAAUGAUCAGCGAUGCCAUUCACCCAGAAGGGUGGUUUCCUUGGGCUGGAACCGUGCACCUUGAUACUUUGUGGUAUGCUGAGUAUGCAAAUACUGGACCUGGUGCCAAUGUUCAAGGAAGGAUUAAGUGGAAGGGUUAUCAUGGCCUCAUUAGUAGGAAUGAAGCUGCACGGUUCACUGCUGCUGAAUUUCUCAGAGGUGGACCCCAAGGGCUUAAAAAUCACUACUCUCAAUGUUGGAAGAGAUUUAUAAUGUUAUUUGUACACUUAAAUGGGUGUUUAUCGGUUAAAAUUUAG